CCCAUCCCCAUCUCUCAUCCUACCUACUCUUCGUAACCAUCACACCUCAUCCAAAAUGGCAGCUGGCAAACGUAUCGUCCUCAUCACCGGCGCCAACACCGGUCUCGGCUUCGAGAUCGUGAAAGCCCUCUACGCCUCCUCGCACCCUUACGAGAUCCUCCUCGGCACUCGCACCCUCUCCAACGGCGAAAAGGCCCGUCAAACCCUUCACUCCGAAGUCUCUUCCUCCCCCGGCUCUAGCAACGUAACCGUGGUGCAAGCGGACGUUUCCUCGGACUCUUCCCUCGAACAGCUCGUCAAGGAUGUAGAGAGCAAGCACGGCAGACUGGAUUGCUUGAUCAACAAUGCAGGUGCCAACUUCGACCAGGAUAUAGCCAAGGGCACCUACUCUCUCCGUGAAGGGAUGAACAAAUCUUGGGACGUCAAUAUCACCGGCACGCAUAUCCUCACUACGCUAGCCAUGCCGUUGCUGCUAAAGUCUGACGAUCCGAGGCUCAUCUUCAUGACCUCCGGCACGUCGUCCCUUCACGAGACCGAGCGGUUGGAUGGCCCUAUGUUCGGACGUCUGAACGCGGCGCCCGCUAAAGGGUGGCCGAAGGCACAGGAGGUCAAUCCGGUCACGGUUUAUCGCAGUACGAAGGCUGGACUGAAUAUGUUGAUGCGGCAGUGGGAGAGGAUCCUGAGGGAGGAUGCGGUGAAGAUAUGGGCGAUUAGUCCGGGGUUUUUGGUUACAGGGUUGGGAGGAUUGGGGGAGGAAGCGUUGCGGAAGAUGGGUGCAAAGGAGCCGCAUGUUGGUGGCGAGUUUGUUAGGGAUGUUGUGGAGGGAAAGCGAGAUCAUGAUGUGGGCAAGAUCAUUCGGUCUGAUAUGAUUCAGCCCUACUAGAACAGAUGCAUCGUGCAGUGUACAUUGACGACUUGGAGUCUGCUUCAGGGGGUGGAAGCGAGGAAAUUGUACUUCGGCUUGAAGCCAAGGAGUCAAGAGCUUCCCCUGCAGUUCAUCUGAUCAAUCGCAGCACUCUCAUCUUCGUGUGGUUCAUUUGGUAUAGACGGUAUUGUCAAGACCGCGGAGGCGUGGCGAUGCCGUGACAUCAACAGAGUGCUUGUGGCAUCGAGAGCAAUGCAAGCGACCCAGUUGUUCAUUCAAUUUUGCCCCUAUCGG